CAUUUUUAUAUUUUCACAAUAAAUGAAAGGAAAUAUUUUAAAUAUAAUUUAAAUACCAUGAGACGUUAACGUAUUUGCGCUAACCCAUGCACCGGACACCACCGCACACGUGGUUACUACUGUCUACCAAUCACAAGAAGUCCCAUGAGAAUAACGCAAUCUGAUUGGUUGCGCCCCACCUCAGCUCACACAUGCUUUCGGUCGUGACGUAUGAUUGAUCGAAGCGAUCAGUCUACUUGAGCUUGAGCCUACUAAUUGGGCUCGUGUAGAACAGUGCAAACCGAACUGCGCAAGUGUAAACAACUUUCAAACUUUAUUCAACGACAAUUACAAGGUGUAUUUGUUAACAUUUCAUUAAACUUUUGCCAAAACAUGAGCAUAUCUGGCAAAAUUCUUUACGACAAGGUCCGAAAUUUACAUUCGGAUCUUUCAAGUGUUAUAACACCAGAAAUAUUAGAAAAAACUUGCAAUGAACCUGUGGUUCAACCGUUUUUGAAAUGGUUCUGUGGAAAUGUGAAUUCCUUCAAUAUUAUUUCAAACGAGGAUAUUCAAAUAAAAAACAAGCUACAAGGGACAAAUGAAUGGUUGGAAGGUACCGAAUUAGAUAAUGCAUUGGAAGAAGCUACUAGAAGCUGUCCUGAUUUAUUAAAAAUUAUUUCAUUUGAUAAUCUGGAUAUAGAUGGCCUAUUUUCAGAACUUGAAAUAGCCAAAAAUGCAUAUGUGGAGGAUGAAAAUUAUAUUAACACCUUGCAAAAUGGAAUUGAAAAUUUAAAAAAGUUAGAGAGUAAAUUAGAUGAAGAUUUGGAAAAGGAAGAAGCAAUUUUGAGCAGAGAAUACAUUAAAGCAGACAAAGCGUAUAUGGAAUGUUCUGCAAUUGUGAAGGAAUUUGAUGAAAGCAAUCAUAAAUUUUCUAAAGAAAUUAAAUGUUUGUUAAACGUAUAUGCAGAUGCUGCUGAAAAUAAAGGUGCACCAUUACUGUGGACCCAAAUGCCAUUGGAACUUUUUAUUAGUAAAAUAGAAUUAUAUAAUCAUUAUUUAGAUGUUUACAUAGAACAGCAGUUUAAAAAUAUACACAAAGAAGAACUGAAGACUGACUCCAAUUAUGUUUCUCUAAUGUAUAAUAGCAAAGAAAAAUAUAUAGAUAACGAAAAGCUGCAAGAACUGUCGCUAUGCAACAAAACUUUAACCAACGCAAAAAUAAAAUUAAUUCUAGCUAAAGUACAGGAAGACUCCUAUAUAGCAAUGUUAAACCAUGUACAAAAUAUUUACAAUUCAGGGAACUUGAAAAUACCAAGACAAUCUGAAUUGAGAACAGAAAUUUCAAAGUUAACUAGAAAAAGAGAUCUCUUAGAAGAAAAUGUCUCUCUGUUGCAAGAACAUCAAUUGACAGAAAUUGUCCAACAAUUUACAGAGCUAGAAAUAACUAAAAUAUUGAAAGAAAAUGCUGAUACAAAGCUCGAAGAAACGAAACUUUCUUUAGAAAGACUUAAAAACUUGCGAUAUCUUGCAAGGGAACAUGGUCAUGCCUACACAGAUUUAUUAUGCAUCUUGAUGGAAAUGCAGUUUCAUCGUCUGAAAAAUGUUUCUGAAUUCGUAGCCGAUGUCUACCAUUAUUUGAAAAUGGAAUACUUACUGUCUUCUGCAAGAUGUGAAAGUAUGCAACAGGAACAAACCAAGUAUUUUUAUCUUGUGAAUUCUUCUUCAAAAGAACAUAAUUCUUUCAAUCAGUUCUUCAUUUCUAUGAUAUUUAAUGGUGAUAAUACGUGUUCAUUAAAUUCUGCAUUAGAUAGAUACAACGAAAUCAUGGAUGAAAAUAAAAACAAGAAACAAUUAAUACUAAAAGCACAUUUCAAUUCUAAAAUUCAUAAAUUGGAAGUAUGGGAAAAUGAAGUACUUUUACAGUACAUGGAUGAAAUUCAUAAAGGAUGUACAUUCUCAUUUGAACCAAUUUCUUAUGAAUUAGAAACUUGUUAUGGUGAAACAUCUAAUAAUUUACAAAAGAUACAAGCUGAUGUAAGAAAAAUAAGAAAUCAAAUGAAGGAACGAGUGAAAGCUGAUGUAAGCUUUGAACGAGAAAAGAAUAUUCUCUGGCAACGGUUUUUAGUUGAUUCUGAAACAUUGAAAAGGAUACACAAAAAAAUGAAAGAAACCGCUAAUAAAUCCUGCUUUGCACAAGUUUGAGAAUUAGUGAAAAUAGAUGUAGUUUGAAAUUGAUUAAUUGAAUAAUAAUAUUAAUAUUGGUUUGUAACAUAAACUUAUUCGGUUAAACUUAA